UAAUAUCAAAUCUUAUCUCUACAUCUUAUAAAAUAAAGCCUUAAAAUGUGUAUGUUACCUCACAGCUCAGCUAAAUUUUAACCAAUUUUAUUCCGGUUUUUUGCAAAACAUACCUUGAGCCCUCCUCUCCAACGUAGGAUACCUUCGAAAAUAUUUUGCCUUAUAAAGGCGCGACAAUAAGCAAAAAAACCUCAAAAAUAUACUAAUUUUAUCUUCACAUUCCAAUAUCUUUAAAACUACUGCAUCAAUUUAGAAACGACGUAAUGAAUUGAAUAUUUCUUAAGCAAAUUGCAUCAGUUAUUGCAUUGUUCAUAUUAAUACUAAUACGAAAAAAAAAAUUAAAAUAUAAACCCGUUUUAACAUUUUUUAUUCUGUUUUAUGCGAGCUUCGUUAUUAUUGUCGCCUGUUGCUGCAUGCAGGAGAAGCGCAAAGCAUAAAUGAAAAAAAGAGUUGAAUUGAAACAUGUGUAUAUAUGUAUGUUUUAUGCAUCCGCGGCAAGGCGAACAAUUUUGCGCAACCUGCUCGCUAGAAAUGAAAUUUGUUUGAUUACAACAUGUUCGCGCAAAGCCCCAUUCGUAUUAGUGGUAUUGAAACAUUUGUAUAUACCAACGUAGAUAUUAAUACUUAUAUUUCCAUAUAAUUGUGUGUAUAUGUAUAUAUAUGUAUAUUAGGGUGAUUCAAAAAAAAAAUUUUUUGUUUUUUUUUAUUGGUACUCGGAAAAAUGGGUUCCUAGACACCUCUAAGAAAUCCUCUCCAAAUAUGAGUUUUUAAUUGUAACGGGAAGGUCCUCCGCCUAACGGUUUUCUAUUUUUUCUUAUUAUCAGAUAGAAAAAUUUAUAUCUCGCUUCCAACUACUUAAAAAAAUAUCUUGUUAAUUAGGUUUUGUAGGAAAUUGAAUGCUCUAAAAUAUGGUCUCUCAAGAUUUUUUCGUAAACCCAACCGUUUAAAAGAUAUUAACAGUUGAACUUUGAUUAUUUUUGGUAAAAUUUUUUAUUUCUUAUUAAUUUUAUAACUCAAUGAAAAAAAAUUAUUAUGAAUAGGUUUUUGAAGAGGAUUUCUUAGAGGUGUCUAGGAACCUAUUUUUCACAGAACCAAACGAAAAAAAAAAAUUUUUUUUUUUGAUCCUCCUUAAUAUGCAUUGAUGUUUGACGAUGAAUAUCUCGUAAACGCUUAACUUAAAUUUCCUACAAAACUAUGUGUUUCAUCAUUCAUAAUAAUUUUUUUUCAUUGAGUUAUAAAAUUAAUAAGAAAUAAAGAAUUUUUCCAUCGCCAUUCACUUGGGAGUGGCCAGAAACGAUUCUUUUGCAUAUGACUCAAGCAGCUCACGACUUCCGGUCUUUGACCAAGUAUCCUCUGGGUAGCCUAAGAACAUCCCUUUGAAGGCGAGCUAAAGUGAGAAGGCGAAACAUCCCCUGCAUAGGGUUGUGCGCUGGGUUUGGGACCCGCCACGUAAAAAAACACCCCCAAUGAAAAGGAACAACAAGCCUCGGAUGAGUGACCCCCCUUUUGAUGACGACCAUGGCAAACGAAAUAAGGACUACGAAUUGAGGGCAUGCACCUGGAAUGUCCGGUCCCUUAAUUGGGAAGGUGCCGCUGCCCAGCUGGUUGAUGUCCUCGUGAAAAUAAAGGCUGUGAUGUCAGUCCAAGAAAUGCGAUGGACGGGACAAGGACAGAGACAAGUAGGUCCUUGUGACAUUUACUACAGUGGCCAUAUAAAGGAGCGCAAGUUUGGUGUGGGAUUCGUUGUGGGAGAGAGACUCCGUCGCCGACUACUAUCAUUCACUGCGGUGAAUGAACGUCUAGCCACAAUCCGCAUCAAAGCGAGGUUCUUCAACAUAUCGCUGAUUUGCGCCCACGCCCCGACGGAAGAGAAGGACGAUGUGACCAAAGAUGCCUUUUAUGAGUGCUUGGAGCGCACUUAUGAGAGAUGCCCCCGCCACGAUGUCAAAAUCGUGCUUGGCGACUUUAACGCCAGGGGGGGCAAAGAAGGUAUCUUUGGCACUACGGUCGGUAAAUUCAGCCUCCACGACGAAACAUCUCCAAAUGGGUUGAGGCUGAUCGACUUCGCCGGGGCCCGAAAUAUGGUUAUCUGUAGUACUAGAUUCCAGCAUAAGAAGAUACAUCAAGCUACCUGGCUGUCUCCGGAUCGAAAAACCACCAACCAGAUCGAUCAUGUUGUGAUAGACGGAAGACACGUCUCCAGUGUUUUAGAUGUGCGUGGGCUCCGAGGUCCUAACAUCGACUCGAACCACUAUAUUGUUGCAGCCAAAAUUCGCACCCGCCUCUGUGCAGCAAAAAACGCACGCCAACAAACACAAGGAAGGUUCGACGUCGAGAAGCUGCAAUCACAACAGACAGCCGAAUGUUUUUCUACUCGGCUUGCACUCCUGCUCUCUGAGAGCACUCAUCAACAACUCGGUAUAAGGGAACUGUGGGACGGCAUUUCAAACUCCUUACGUACAGCUGCAACCGAAACCAUUGGUUUUCGGAAAGUGCAAAAGAACAGCUGGUACGUCGAGGAGUGCCGUGUCGCAGCGGAGAGAAAACAGGCUGCCUACCACGCAACGUUACGAUCGACCACAACACGUGCGGGAUGGGAUAGAUUCCGAGAGUUGAAGAGGGAAGCGAAGCACAUCUGCAGACAGAAAAAGAAAGAGGCCGAAAUGCGUGAGUACGAAGAGCUUGAUAAGCUGGCCGACAGGGGUACAACACCAGCGCCGUAAGUUCUGCUUUCUCCAGGCUGGACAAGGAAACAAAACGAAUGGGUCUGGCAGUGAACGACGGCAAGACGAAAUAUCUCCUGUCAUCAAACAAACAGUCGUCGCACUCGCGACUUGGCACUCACGUUACUGUUGACAGUCAUAACUUUGAAGUUGUAGAUAAUUCGUCUAUCUUGGAACCAGCGUAAACACCACCAACAAUGUCAGCCUAGAAAUCCAACGCAGGAUAACUCUUGCCAACAGGUGCUACUUCGGACUGAGUAGGCAAUUGAGAAGCAAAGUCCUCUCUCGACAGACAAAAACCAAACUCUAUAAGUCACUCAUAAUUCCCGUCCUGCUAUAAGGUGCAGAGGCUUGGACGAUGUCAACAGCGGAUGAGUCGACGUUGCGAGUUUUCGAGAGAAAAAUUCUGCGAAAGAUUUAUGGUCCUUUGCGCGUUGGCCACGGCGAAUAUCGCAUUCGAUGGAACGAUGAGCUGUACGAGAUAUACGACGACAUUGACAUAGUUCAGCGAAUUAAAAGACAGCGGCUACGCUGGCUAGGUCAUGUUGUCCGGAUGGAUGAAAACACUCCAGCUCUGAAAGUAUUCGACGCAGUACCCGCCGGGGGAAGCAGAGGAAGAGGAAGACCUCCACUCCGUUGGAAGGACCAAGUGGAGA